CCGGAACAUUACGGCUGGGCGUCAGAGAGUAAAGUGAAUUUGGUGUCUCGAGGCACGAUUUAGUUUCAGUCGAGCGACGAAACGUGCGCAGUGAGAAUUAGUAGUUCUGGAUUCAGUGUUUUGAUCAAUUGGGAAUUUUCGCAAGAAGAAUUCAGAAAGUGUUAUAAAGACUGACUAUAAAAAAUUCAUUAAGUGAAGCCGUUCUUGUGCUAACUACACUAAUAAAAAUAUUUCUUGUAAUUAAUUUUCUUAAUAAAUCCGUAACCCAUGAUGAUGAAUGAUGCUGCCGCCCUUGGGAUGAUCCCAUACGACUCUAUAGGGCUGUAUGAGCAGCCCAAACCUCGUUUUAUCUUCAAGAUGCCCCGAGUUGUACCGGAUCAAAAAUCCAAAUUUGAAAGUGACGAACUCUUUCGUCGUCUUAGUCGAGAAAGUGAGGUGAGGUACACAGGAUACAGGGAUCGUCCCCAAGAAGAGCGUCAAAUACGUUUUCAGACUGGAUGCCGUGAAGGACAUACGGAAAUAUCAUUUGUAGCAUCCGGCACAAAUCUACAAUUAGUUUUUAACGCUAAUCACGGCCCAUAUCUACCAGAGAGAGAAUGUGAUUUCGACAAGGAGCAUGGAAAGGUUCACAUAAAGUCACAUUUUAUCAUGAAUGGUGUCUGUGUGAGAUUCCGGGGAUGGUUGGAUUUGGAGCGUCUUGACGGUGUUGGGUGUUUGGAGUACGAUGACCGACGUGCAGCUCAUGAAGAUGCGAUUCUGCGCGACCAAAUCGAUCGAUACAACCAACGACUGCGUGAUUUUGAGGAUAAACAGAGGGCCUACCGUGGCGAGAGGCAAGAUGAAAUGGAUCAAGUGAGACGUGGGGUUCCGGGUGGGAUUGGUGUUGGCGUGGGUGGAGGCAUGUGGAGACGAUAAGCAGAUUUAUUCACAGUCACAUCACAAGAAGCACAAUUAGAAUUAUUAUUUUGGAUUAUUUUUGUUAUGUUUUGUAUAUAAAAUAUUUUUAAAUAUGUACAUGGUCACCUUUUCUUCAUCCCUUUCAUUUACAUAUGUACAAAAAAAUUAAAGUAAAAAAAUACAAACAAACUGAAGAGAUUUGCAUAGAUAUUUUAGGCAACUUUCAAGAAUCUUUUACUUAUAUGACUGAGUUUAAACACAUUGUAGUGAUUCUGUACAAUUAAGAGAGCAUAAAAACGAUAAUUUUGAAAAUGGAAA